AUGUCAAAAAGCCUCAACAUGACCUCUUCACUUCGAAUCAUAAUGUUGUUACUCGUGACGACAUGCACCGUGUUACUACUUGAAUCAAACCACUGGUCCUUUGCUCAGAUAUUUCCAAACACCAUUCAUUUGUUUCUUUCGCCAAACGGAAGUGAUACUAAUUCUGGUAAUUCCACUUCACCAUUUCUAACCUUCAACAAGGUAGUCACGACAUUAAAUUCAAUGAAAAACAGUGGACGCUACACUAGCAAUACUACCUUCAUUGUGAAUUUUUACCCUGGAACGUAUUAUGUGAAUUCAACAACGACCAUUUCAAAGUCAAACUUGUUGAAUGAUGAAAACUCUCCAGUGAUUUGGAAACCAGUGAAUGGAAGUAAAUUGGGAGAUGUGAAAAUCAGAGGAGGUGUUCCUCUUCCUGCAAAAUUAUGGCAUGUCGUGACUGCUUCCAACAAUCCAUCUGCAUUUAACAUGCUUCCUGAAAAGGCAAAGGGAAAUGUAUUGCAAUGCAAUUUAACACAAGCUGGAUUCAAAUCUUCACAACUCGCUCCUUUUCGUACGAGUGGAUUUGCGUAUGGUUCAGUGGCGUCAGGUAAUGAAUUGUUUUUUAAGGAAUUUCCUCAAACAGUGGCUCGUUAUCCAAACAAACUCACGACCAUGCCAGUUGCUGAUCCAGGAAUUGUCGUGGAUCAAUAUUUAAAAGUUGGAAAAACCAAUGGAACGAAUUGGAUGAAUUUUAAUGCUUCUUUGGCAGUGAAUAGACCCAAAUGGCCUCUUGAAAAGUAUCCAUUUGCUUUUGGAUUUUACUAUUACGAUUGGGCAGAUGCCAAUGAACCACUCUCCGAUAUUACCAGCGAAGGCUCCAUCACUUUUAAAACAUCCAGCGUGAUGUACGGCAUCAAAACUGGACAACCUUUUUUCCUGGUCAACUUUUUGAGUGAACUCGAUCAAGCUGGAGAAUAUGUCAUACAUGAUGAAAUGGUUUAUUAUUGGCCUCCUGCUCCUAUUCAACAAGACACUGAUGUACAUAUUUCUGUCGCUUCUGCCUUAUUUUCCAUAGCUGCCAAUGCACAAGUAUUUGACAGUUUGGAUUUUGGAAUUGCUCGAGGAGGUGCCAUUGGUUCUGCAAAUCAACUUCGAAAUGUGACCAUUAGGAAUUGUAAUUUUAAUGGAUUUGGAGGAGGAGCGGUUUCUCUUCAAGGAUAUAACAAUACUGUAUUGAAUAACACAAUUUCUAAUACAGGACAAGGAGGUAUUUCAGUUUCUGGAGGUGACAGAAUGACAUUGACACCAAGUAAUACUUUGGUCAUGAACAAUACUGUGAGUGCUUUUACCAGAAUUGGUAAAACCUAUAGAGGUGCUGUAUACAUGUCAGGAGUUGGAAUUACAAUUACUCAUAAUGAAUUCUUUGAUUCUGAUCACUUGGCCAUUCAGUGGGGAGGAAAUAAUAAUGAAAUUUCUUACAACAAGAUUCAUGAUGUUUGUAAAGCAACAGGAGAUGCUGGAGCCAUCUACAGUGGACGUGAUUGGACACAACGAGGCAAUAUCAUCAAACACAAUUUAAUUUACAAUGUCAAAGGUCUUGGAACUCAUGGUGGAUCAUGUUUGUAUCUCGAUGACAAUUUUUCAUCUGCCUUUAUCUUUGGAAAUAUCUUUUAUAAUUGUUAUAGAGGUUUCUUACUUGGAGGUGGUCGAAAUAAUCACGUCUUUAACAAUUUAUUCAUCAACAACACGAUUAGUAUUCACAUUGAUGACAGAGGAUUGAAUUGGAUUCAUCAAACUGAAAUUCCAAAAACUCUGAUGGAUAACUUGUUAAAAACUCCAUUCAACACAAGUUCUGUUUGGAUCAACUCGUAUCCUGAAUUGGUGACCAUUUUACAAGACACUCCUUUUGCUCCUUAUCGAAAUUUAGUUCAAUUCAAUUUAAUUUCAGCUUCGACCAAAACUGCCAUUUCACAACCAGCUGUCAGUACGUAUUCAACCUAUGCCAACAACACAUUCGAUGUUCCAUAUAGUGUCUUUGGUAAUCCAUCUCAAUUGAAUUUCACCAUGAUUGCAGGCAAUGAAUAUGAGACCAAUUUUGGAAAAUAUAACUUUACAAAAAUUCCAGUUGAAGAAAUUGGUUUGCUUAAAUAUGAAAAAUCAGAUUCAACGAGACCAGUGGUCGAACCUAGUAAGAAACCAAGUUCUUCCAUGAUUCGGCCUUCUCCUUCAAGCAAGUCGAACGGUGUGUCUGGAAAACCAAGAGCCUCCAUUUCAAUUGCUGCACUGUCCAUGAAAUUGGAAUGGAUCUUGUUCUUGUUGAUUGCUACAUUCCAUGUCUUCAGUUUAAAUAAUUAA